UACAUCUACUUAUUUCAUUGUUUUAUCCAGCAUUCAAAUAUUCACGUUGUAAAGCUGCAUCUUGAUAUUGAUUGCACCGUACAUCAAUUGAUAUUACAUGUUCUAGUCAUACUUUCAUGUUGAAUAGUUCAUAGGACUUCAAGAUGGCGUCCGCCACAGUCACCACCAAAGCCCUCAUCCUUCACGGCGCAAAAGACCUUCGCCUGGAAACCCGCCCAGCACCAGCGCCCACUGGCAAUGAAGUCCAAGUGGCCAUCCGAGCCACAGGCCUCUGCGGCUCUGACCUGCACUACUACAACCACGGCCGCAAUGGCGACUUCGUCGUUCGCUCGCCCAUGGCCCUCGGCCACGAAUCCGCCGGGCUCGUCACAGCCGUCGGCCCAGACGUGAAAGCGCUCAAACCAGGCGAUCGCGUCGCCCUCGAGGUCGGCCUGCCCUGUCGCACCUGUCUCUUCUGCGCCUCCGACCGCUACAACCUCUGCUCCAACAUGCGCUUCCGCUCUAGCGCAAAGGUGUUCCCUCACCUGGACGGCACGCUCAUGGAAAUCACAAACCACCCGGAAGAUAUGUGCCACGUACUCCCCGAGUCAGUCAGCUUCACGGGCGGCGCCCUCGCCGAGCCCCUCGCUGUCUGCCUCCAUGCCAUCCGGCGCUCUCACCCGCCCACCGCCGACGAAGCAGCCGUGGCAAAAUCCCUGGGUGAGGAGACUGCAGCACUGAUAUUUGGCGCUGGUGCUAUCGGCCUACUCCUCGCCGCGGCGCUGGCCACAUCGCAGAACUUCACAACCAUCGUUAUUGCCGAUAUCGAUGCAGCACGGCUCAAGGUUGCAGAGUCGUUAGGACUAGGGCUGAAAACGACGCUGAUAGAGCGGCCCUCAACGCCUCCACCGCCUAAGGACGCACCGCAAGCGGAGCAGACGGCGUACACACUGACGACGGCGCAGAACACAGCGGCGACGAUUAAGGAGGCGCAUGGUGUGGCAGGGGGGUUUACCCGGGUGUAUGACUGCACGGGGGUGCCUGCGUGUGUGCAGGCGGGAAUAUAUGCGGCGGCGGCUGGGGGUGUGCUGGUGCAAAUUGGGAUGGGGUCGCCGGUGCAGACGCUGCCAAUUGGGGCGGCGGCGCUGCGAGAGGUGGAUUUGAUUGGGGUAUUUAGGUACGAUAGGCAUGCGUACCCAGCGGCUAUUAAGCUGCUGGAAACCGAUACGUUUAAGAAAGUUGAGAACAAGGUUGUCACGCAUAGAGUCAAGUUAGCGGAGGAGGGUCAGGGGGACAGGGCGUUUAAUUUGGCUGGAAAAGGCGUGGAUGAGGAGGGAGUGCCGGUGGUAAAGGUUGUGAUUGAAGGGUGAUAUACCUCUGUAAUAAUCUACAUUUGGAGUGCGAUGAUUUUUG